CGAGAUCGUUUGUCAAAGCCAGCCUCGGGACCUGCAAUUUCUCCGAAAUAAAAAAUAAACGCGUCGCCCUUGACGGAAACACCCUCGAGACUGCGAAACGCGAAAUGAGUUCCUUCUCGCUUGUCGUCGAGCCAUUUCACAGGGGUCGCGAGGCGCGUUUCAAAGGGGCCCUCGAAUGAGCGCAGUGCAUGGUAAACAACGUGAGUUUCGCGAGAAUGUAGCCGCGCUCAAUAAAUUCGAGCGCGAAAAUUUCUCGUCGCGCAUUUCUUUCCGUCGAUCACGUUCCCUAUCGUCGAACGCGAUCAUUGGCGGUCACGUUUCAACGACUGUCAACGACGACCGGUCGCGCGGCAUCUGCACCGGAAGCGGUUCCCGCGACUCGCCGUUUGCCGCCAAACUUACCUACCUCGCGUGCCGCGAUGGAGUUGUUUAUCCGUCGACGCUCGAAUGCGGCAGCGUAAAUAACUGAGUUCGAAACGUGCGUACAUUUAUAUGCUUGGCUGAUUGUCGAGCCGAUACGUCGCAAUCGUCUCCGGAGCGUACGUUGGAUCGUGAUUGAAUUCCGAUCGCUGAUAGAAAACCUCGUGUGAAAUUCGUCGGACGCGCCAUGGCCAAGGUUCAGCUGGCGAACGUCGCCGUUCUCGACAAUCCCUCGCCGUUUCUGAACCCGUUCCAGUUCGAGGUCACGUUCGAGUGCAUCGAGGAGCUGAAAGAAGGUGCGGGUUCCGAUGAUUUGGAGUGGAAAAUGAUAUACGUAGGCAGUGCAGAGUCGGAAGAAUUUGAUCAAGUUCUAGAUACCAUUUAUGUCGGUCCAAUCCCAGAGGGACGACAUAUGUUUGUAUUUCAGGCUGAUCCACCGGAUGUCAGUAGGAUCCCAGUCAACGAUGCUUUAGGCGUAACUGUCGUAUUGCUGACUUGUUCCUACAGGGGUCAUGAAUUUGUUCGAGUGGGUUACUUUAUAAAUAACGAGUAUACGGACCCGGAACUCCGGGAGAAUCCACCUCCACAACCACAAUUUGAUAAAGUUCAAAGGAAUAUAUUAGGCGAUAAACCACGCGUCACUAGAUUCAAAAUCAACUGGGACGAUUGUCCAACCGGAACGGCGAAUAAUCUUCCCGAGGGCAUGGAAACACCAGCGUUAGAAGAUACGUCGCAAGACGCACCUACGUCCACAUUAGGCUUUACAGAGAAUACACAAAAUGGGAUGGAAGUGAUGUGAAAAACGAUUUGCUGUUGAUAAGAAUAAGUUAGCUGAACUAGCAUUAAUACAGUAAUUUAAACGAUAAAGUAGUACCUGGCAAAAAAGAAAAUGGAAGUACACACUCCAUACAUCUAUUUAGAUAUAACUCGGAAAAUCGCGCAAAAUAUCCUUUCAUAUGAUUAUCGAUGUUUUCCCUCGAUAAAAGAUUCACAACAAAGUUUGUAUAUUUCAAAAAAGAUCCUACAUGUGAUAAUCUUAAACCUGACAAAAGAGCGAAUUAAUUGUUUGUGGAUAGUUAAUAUUUCUUGUUUCUCUCAAUUGAAUAAUGAUACUGUGGAUUACAAGUUAUUGUCUUCUUAAAAUGGCAUAAGUUUUGCAAAAAGUAUAAAAUUAAUUAUAAAUUAGUAAUUAUAUUAAAUACCAUCUACAAACGAACUAAAAAUAGUGAUUUGCAAAUUAUUUUAUUAUAAUGCAACGAAAUAUUUAACAAUGCUCUAUAAUGCAAUAUUAUUUUAAAAUUGCUGUUUUGAUAGCCUAUACUUUAAAGCGUGAAGUUAAAAUACAUUGAGUUCCCUAAGUAUUAUAUUAUUAUUGCUUAUAUUAUCGUCACACGUUGCAUGUAGAUCAUAAGGCAAUUUCCAUUUUUUAUUA